AACACUCAAAUUAUUUCUAUUAUUUCUGAGAAAAGGUGACUCCUGCUGAGUGUCAGAGCACAGGCAAAAACUCACCCAGUAGACCAAGAGGGAAAAGAGCCAAACAGAGGCCAAGCAGAGAGCAGGUGCUGCACAUGCGGAGGUUCAGAGGCCAGCAAGGUGGAAGGCACAGGGGAAGAGAUUGACAAGGACCAAGAAGUCCAAGCCAAUGAGGUUGGAUUUGAGUCUGAGGGCACUGGGGAGUCAUAGGAGGUGUCUCCUCAAGGAACAGGCAGGAUCACAUAUGUGUGGGUCAGGAAGAUGCAUCCUUCUGGCCACAGUGCACAAAAUGAAUUGGAGAUUCUAGAAGAACAAAGACCAUUGAGAAGGUAUGAUAAUAAACUUCCACGAGCCAAGGAACACUGGCUGUUGCACCUUAAGUGCUGGCCAUGGUGAGGAUGCUGCCCAGCCUGGGUGGGCAAUGUGCUACGAGGAUAGGGAGCAGUGCCCACUAGCUAGAAGGCAACAUGCUGCAGGCAUCACAGCCUCAUUCUUUCACUAGGCAAAUCUUUACUGAGCACCUAUUAUGUGCCAGGUACUUUCUUGAUGCUUAUUCAACAAUGAAUAAGACAGACAGACAAAGGUCCCUGACCCUCAUGGAGCUCUCAUUCUAGUUGGGGGAUGAAUGCCCAAUAAAUAAACAAAUGUAUGUCAAGGUCAUAUCACUAGAAGGAAUACUGAAUGUCAUAACCCAGAUGAGAAGAAAAACUGAAGGAUUCCCAAUACCCACAUAGGAAAUAAAACCAGGAUUCAAACUAGGAACUGUAAGGCUUCAAGUCCAUAGUCUUUUAUCUUCUGGAAGCUGCCUGUCUUUCAAGAGCUUGUAUAUAAGGCACACCUUCCAGUUACUAGUAUCCUCCCUUGAGCCGCAAGGCCCAUUCAUUCAGUAGUCAUUCCAGAAAUAUUUAUUGGGCACCAUUCUGGAUGCUAAGGACAUAACAAUGAUCUGGACAGACAUGAUUUACAGACUGGCAGGGAAGAGUGGUGCUAAACAAGCACACAGGGGUAGUUACAAUUGCCAUGAGAGCUACAGAUAAGUAGCAGGUGUUAUGAACUAGCCUGGGAAGAACUCUAAGCCUGGUCUCCCAGAGGAAGUGACAUUUAACUUGAGACCUAAAGUCUCAAGCAUUUGCCAGGCAAAGAAGGAAGAGAUUUCAAGGUGGAGGGAACAGUAUGCACAAAGGUUUGCACUUGAUCUUAGCCAAAAGGCCAAGAAGCGACUAUGCACGUGCAAAGUUUUGGAGAGCAAAGGAGCCUGGCACAUUUGAGGAACUGGGAGGCCAUAGUGGCUGGAGCUUGUAGAUGGAGAGAAAGCAGGGUGUGGUGCAAGACAAGGGUAGGGAGGCCCCAGGAGCCAGACCAGCUGACCUUCCCAGCCAUGUUAAGAGCAAAUUAAAGAUUAUGGGUACAGUACAGGCUCCAAUGCCAGCCCCACACCAUCUUUCACCUGCUCUUCUGGGUUAAGCCCCCUGGGCCCAGAAUAGCAGUCUCUCCACCCAUAACUUUCCCUCCAGUUGAGAAUGUCCUCAACCAGUGGCUCUUAUCACCACUUCACAUGAAAUUCAGCUCCUGGGAUCAAAUUCCAACUCCCCAGAAAGCAUCUGGCAAGGUUUCAGGAGCCAUCGGACUGCCUAUGUUAUAUUGGAAUAUUAUUAAGUGGCUGAAUAUUAACAUCCCCAUUUUACAGAUAGUGAAACUGAGGCUCAGAGAAAUAAAGCACACAGUUACCCUCCACCCAUUUUUAAACCUAAUUUCUCCCGAGUCUGUGGAUUUGGGGAAGCUUCAUGAUUCUAGCUGUUAUGAUUCUAAGAUUCUGUGACAUGAACGGGAGAAUCCUAAGGUUCAGGGAAAUGUGGAGAUUUCAGGGCUCUAGAACUCUAAAAUUCUAGCCUUGGUGCUCCAAUAAAUCCAGUGAGAGCAAGCCCAGGUUCCUGGUCUGUGCUAGCUGGUGCAAGCCCAGAGAUGCAGGUGGCACUCAUGAGCCCCUCUCUUCCCCCUCCAGUCCCCACUUCGCAGACCAGCUGGAGGACGCAAUCCUGCCAUCCCCUGACCGCCCAAGUCCGCAGGCCUCGGUGGACGGGAACUAAGGGGUUAAGUCGGGAGCGACUGUUGCUGGAGGGCAACGGGCUGAGGCCCAGAGCCAGGAGGUGGGAGUUGGGGGGAGGCGGGGAGUCCCAGGACCCGCCCCGUAGCAGACUUCCUGGUCCGCAGCAGGCAGACAGGGUAGGAGGCGGCAGCGGCGGCGGGGGACCCCAGAGCCAUGGGGUGCGCGCGCGACGCCAUCCUGGAGGCGCUGGAGAACCUGACCGCCGAAGAGCUCAAGAAGUUCAAGCUGAAGCUGCGGUCAGUACCGCUGCGCGAGGGCUACGGGCGCAUCCCGCGGGGGCCGCUGGAUUCCAUGGACGCCGUGGACCUCACCGACAAGCUCGUCAGCUACUAUCUGGAGGGGUAUGGAGCUGAGCUCACGGCGGCCGUGCUUCGCGACAUGGGCAUGCUGGAGAUGGCAGAGCGGCUGCAGGAGGUGAUGCUCAAGGGCCGUGGAGCUGCGCCAGCUGGGAUCAUGGCCCCACAGAUAGCAGGAAGGCCAGCACUUCGUGGAGCGCCACCGGACAGCACUCAUCGCACGGGUUACAGACGUCGAUGGGGUGCUGGAUGCUCUGUAUGGGAAGGUCCUGAGCGAAGAGCAGUACCAGGCAGUGCGGGCGGAGCCCACCAAUCCAAUGAAGAUGAGGAAGCUCUUCAGCUUUGCUCCAGCCUGGGACCAGACCUGCAAGGACUGGUUCCUCCAGGCCUUAAGGGAGACCCAGCCCUACCUGGUGGCCGACCUGGAGUAGAGCUGAGGCCUCUCUCCAGCAAUGGCCCCAAACUCAACCCCUGACAAUUCCAGGCAGCUCAUCGGGACUGUAUUAUUUUUAAAGAAGAAUAUAUGAAAAA